CAUCUGUAUGUGAUUUAGGCACAGGCUCAGGGGUGAGGCAAGUCCGCUAGGGGAGAGGAAUCAGGGCAGGGAGGGAGGGAGUGAGAGAAAGGGAGGAAGUCCACACAAGUUUGUUUUACAGGACUCUGGCCGGGCGGGGACAAGACGCAGUGCUGCAUCUGGAGGUCGGAGCAGCGGAGAAGUGAAGCCAAAGGUGCAGCCGAGCAAGAGGAGCUGCCCAGAGAAGUUCCUACAGCCAGGAGAAACAGACAGAAAGGGGGGAUCAGUGCUCUACUGGGCAAACACACAAAUAUGGCUGCUAAAUCCCUGUCCUGCCUUCUCUGCAUCCUAUCAGGGAUUGCCUAUCCAGCUUCUGCCGCCAGGCUGGGGGAACAGCAACAGUCGGUGCUGAAAGUGUGUGCCAAGGGGUUUUUCAUGAGUGUGCAGAACAUUUGCUUGCCAUGUAACUGCAAAGGCCAAGCAGACUACUGUGAAGACAUCACUGGCGUUUGUUUUAACUGCAAGGACCACAGUACAGGGGAUUUCUGUGAAAUGUGUGAGGAUGGCUACAUGCUGGCUCCCAGCCCCGAUGGACGCCACACCUGUCGACCCUGCGCCUGCCCCCUCUCCGUCCCCUCCAAUAACUUCGCAGUGCACUGUGAGAGAGGAGGUGCCAUUCUGCGCUGCAAGUGCCAAGAGGGCUACGCUGGUCAUUUCUGUGAGAGGUGUGCUCCAGGUUACUACGGCAACCCGAUGGCGAUUGGCAAUUCCUGUAAGAGAUGCGACUGUAACAGCAACUCCGAUCCUAACCUGAUCUUCAGCGAGUGCCACAAUGUUACGGGCCACUGCCAGCACUGCUGGGGAAACACCUCCGGGGUCAACUGUGAGAGGUGUGCCCCAGGUUUCUACGGCGACGCCAUCAGUGCCAAGAACUGCAGAGAGUGCAAGUGCAAUGAAUGUGGCACCUCUUCAUGCGACGACAGGACAGGAGUGUGUCACUGCAAGCCGGGUGUCACCGGACGACUCUGUGACCAGUGUGAGGAGGGCUACUCUGGUUUCUCCAGCUGUCAGGGCUGUCGGAGGUGUGAAUGCGGGCCAGCAUCCCUUCGCUCCACCUGCCAUCAUCUCACCCACAGCUGUCUAUGCCGCCCGGGGGCCGGAGGUCGUUACUGCGAGCGCUGCCUGCCGGGCUACUGGGACUACAGCCCUGCCGGCUGCCAGAAGUGUGACUGUGAGAGCGGCCACUGUGAUAUGCAUACAGGAGAGUGCCUGCCAGAGGCUGCAACAGUCAACCUGUGCAACAACAGUUGUGAUAAUUGCAUUUGGCAUCUGAUUGGGGAUCUGCGGCUGUCCAAUAAGACACUGGACCAGCUGAAAGUCGGUGUGUUGAACAUCUCCACUGGUGCUGCUGCCAACGACAGGCUCAAAUACUACAACUAUACUGCUCAACGACUGCAGACUCAGUUUCUUGGCUGGAGAAACAAGUCCUCUGUGAUGAAGGACCAGACUGGGGAGCUGGAGAAGGCCACAGACGCUGUGGUGUUGGACAUCAAACAGCUGGGAGAAUCGGAGAGUGUGGUGAAGACUCUGGGGAACAAGCUGGAUAACGACACGCUGGAGACGGUCACUCUGGCUGAGCAGCUCAGCACAAACCUCACAGAUCUCAACCUACGCAUCGAAGAGAUGAUCCAUGACUGGGAGCUGUACAGUGUUCACCAGGAUGUGGAUCCAGAGGUGGCCAGGCGGAACACUGAGCGGGCCCAGGGAAUGGUGGCCUGGAUGAGGACACUGGACCUGUCCCCACGAGAGCCCAUCGCCACGGACGAGUCGACUGAAGCCCAUGACUUGCUCAGGCGUAUUCGUCAGAUGGAAAAGAAGUUGAUGAGCACAGACGGCCGCCUCCCGCCUGUCCGGGAGAUCCUGUCCCGCUUCUCCACCAAGCUGACUGACGCGCAGGGCUCUCUCCAGAAAGCAGCUAGCACCAUCCAGCAGACGGAGGACAGGAACAGAGCCAGCAUCCUCAAAUUCCAGGGGAAUGAGGUGAAGCAGCAGAGGCUGACGGAGGACCACGCUGCUGUCAACGAUACACUGGAAACCGCCAGAGGCUCCUUCUCCGAAGCAGAGAGGACUCUGGCUGAGGUGGAUGCUAUGGUGCAGAAUGUGAGCGGAUACCAUGCAGCGAUCGAUGGCGCCAGCGAAAAGCUGAUGGAGAAGACUGAGCGUCUCUCGCUGGCUGACAGAGAUCUGGUGCAGAGGGCCGACGAGCACGCCGACGAGCUGGACCGACAGGCCAACCAAUUGGAGGAGGACCUGAGGGAGAGUGACGCCAAUGGCUUUGUGCAGAAAGCCAUAAGUGCUGCCAACGUCUACAACAACAUAGUGAAAUACAUCCACGAUGCCAAUAUCACCUCGCUCACCACCCACAACUUAUCCCAAAGAGCUGAAGAUGCCAUCGCUGGGAUCAAUAUGCAGCUCGGGUACCUGGUAACGAAGAGCAACAACGUUUUCAAGGAGUCUGUUUCAUUACGUUCAGAACAAAUUGAGGUCGAAGCUGAAGUGAUUGACAAGCUGAAAUACAUCGAGGAGACCAAAGAGACCAUGGACCAAAACCACAAAAAGCUUGCAGAAAUAGUGGAGGAUAUCAGUGGAAUUCAUCCAGAUAGAACACCACAACGACUGGAGUUUACGCUGGAGGUGGCUGAGGGGACUCUCAACCGCUCAGCAGAGGUACUUCAAACCAUCACCCCCAUCAGCAGCAAGGUGGAGGAGUGGGCCAACAACAUGAGGAACGACGAAUACUCCACAGUUGCUUAUGAGCAGGCCAUCCAGUCUGCCGGGGAAGCAGUGGAGAACCUGAAUGUUCUUGUUCCUAAGCUGCUGGACAAGCUGAAGGUGGUCGAGCAGAAGAAGCCCAUCAACAACGUGACAACCAACAUCAUGAGGAUCAGAGAGCUUAUAGCCCAAGCCAGGAGUGUGGCCAAGAAAGUCCAAGUGUCCAUGAAGUUCAACGGUCAGUCCUCAGUGGAGGUUCAUCCUCCCAGUAACCUGGAAGACCUGAAGACAGUGACAUCCAUCAGCUUGUUCAUGAGAGUGGACCCUGACAAGGAUCCCAUAGAGGACCGUUUCAUCUUAUACCUGGGAGACAGAAAUGGUAGGAAGGAUUACAUGGGACUGGCUAUCAAGAAUGACAACCUGGUGUACGUGUACAACCUCGGGGGGGAAGAUGUUGAGAUCCCAUUAGGUUCCAAGCCUGUCAGCCAAUGGCCCGCAGUCUUCAACUACAUCAAAGUAGAGAGGCUGGGCAGACAUGGAAAAGUCUUCCUGACCAUCCCCAGCCAGAGCUCCACAGACGAGCAGAAGUUCAUUCAGAAAGGCGAAGCUCCAGGCACCGACUCGCUGUUUGACAUCGACCCCAAAGACAUAGUGUUCUUUGUUGGCGGUGUCCCAGCAGAUGUCAGGCUUCCACCUCCGCUGAGUCUAGCACCUUUUGUGGGCUGCAUCGAGUUGGGUUCACUGAACAACGACGUCAUCAGUCUAUACAAUUUUAAAGAGACUCACAAAAUGGAUGUCAUCACGUCAGCACCAUGCUCCAGGUACAAGUUAGCAUUUUCCCAGAGCCGUAUUGCUAGCUACCUGUUUGAUGGAACGGGCUAUGCACUCAUCAACAAUAUCGAGAGGAGGGGCAAAUUUGGUGUUGUCACCAGAUUUGAUAUUUCAGUGCGAACUGUCGCAAACAAUGGUGUCCUUUUCCUCAUGGUCAAUGAGGACAAAUUCUUCCUUUUAGAGAUAAAGAAUGGCUUCCUGCGCCUAAUGUACGACUUUGGCUUCAGCAAAGGGCCAGAACUUUUGGAGAAUAACUUACCCAAGCUGCAAAUAAAUGAUGCACGAUACCAUGAGGUGUCAGUGAUCUACCAUCAGUCAAAGAAGGUUAUCCUACUGGUGGACAAGAGCCAUGUCAAAUCUAUGGAGAAUCCAAAAACCACGCUGCCUUUCUCAGAUAUCUACAUAGGUGGAGCUCCCUCCAGCAUUCUCAAAUCCAGGCCUGAGCUGUCUGCUGUCGUCAGCCUGAAAGGCUGUGUGAAAGGUUUCCAGUUCCAGAAAAAAGACUUCAAUCUGCUGGAGGAGCCUGGCACCAUUGGCAUCAGCAGCGGCUGCCCCGAGGAGUCCUUUAUGUCCCGUAAAGCCUAUUUCACCGGAGAGAGCUACCUGGGAUCCACAGCAAAGAUUUCACCCUUCGACAACUUUGAGGGAGGACUCAACUUCAGAACGCUGCAGCCGGGCGGACUCCUGUUCUAUCUGAGUGAAGGGUCUGAUGAGUUCAGCAUCUCCCUGGAGAAUGGAGCCGUGGUGAUGAACUCCAGAGGCACACGAGUUAAAUCACACAAGAAACAAUACAACGACGGAAGGACACACUUCUUAGUGGCCACAGUAAACAGUCAGAAGUAUUCACUGUUGGUGGACGACAAAGACAAGCAGGAGAAGAAACGUCCAUCAUCUGCCAACCGAUCCUCAUCAGGUCCUGCUGUGAAGACCUUCUACUACGGAGGGUCUCCAAGCAGCAGCUUCAAGAACUUCACAGGCUGCAUCAGCUACGCCUACAUCAACAGACAGGACCGGGACAUUGAGCCUGAGGACUUCCAGCGAUACACUGAGAAGGUCCAGACCUCCCUGCAGGACUGUCCAGUCCAGCGCCCCCCUGCUGCUCUGAUGUCAAGGCACAGGGAACACACAUCCAGAGCCAAACAGAGCCAAUCACAGAAGGUCAGCAGCCUUCCUCUGGGCCUGAUGGAACUGAAGAGUGAUGACCAGGAGCCAUCAGAGCUGAACAUCAAGCCGUGCUACCUCUCCUCAAGUCCCAGAGCAACUCGCCAAGCCUUCCACUACGGCGGCAUCGCCAACAGCAGGCAGCACUACACAGACCUUCCCGACUCCCUCUCUGAGAGGUCCCACUUUUCCUUGUCCCUGAAGACCCACUCAUCCUUUGGCCUCAUCUUUUAUGUAUCGGAUGUCCAAGAGGACAACUUCAUGGCUCUCUUCCUGGCCAACGGGAAGCUCGUAUACACCUUCAACGUAGCAGACCAGAGAGUCAAAAUCAAGAGCGAGGAGAAGUACAAUGACGGCGCAUGGCACAAUGUUAUAUUUAUCCGUGACGGGAAUAUGGGGCGGUUAAUAAUUGAUGGGCUCACGGUGCUGGAAGACAGAGCUCAAAGAAGCAACGUCUCCUGGCACGUCAGCAGUCCUCUCUACGUCGGAGGAGUUCCUCCAGAGAGAGCUCAAAAGAAUAUUCAGAGAAACUCUGCAUACAGCUUCACCGGCUGUCUGAAGAACCUUCAGCUCGACGGGCAGUGGCUGUCCUCCGUGGCCGAGACUUUUGGGGUCACUCCGUGCUUCGAGGGACUCUCUGAGGCGGGAACAUACUUCUCAGAGGAAGGAGGAUAUGUCGUGCUGGAUGAAACAUUUGACCUCGGGCUAAGGUUUGAGAUAGUGAUGGAGGUGCGCCCCCGUGUGGCAUCUGGGGUGCUACUGCACGUGCGCACGGCAGAGGGCUAUUUCACUAUGUACAUUCACCACGGAGAGGUGGUGGUUCUUGUGAACGACGGGUCUCGUGAGUUCUUCACCAAGGUGUCACCGAUACAGGGUCUGUGCGCUGGCAACUGGCACAGAAUCACAGUGAUCCGGGAUGCCAAUGUUGUCCAGCUUGAUGUGGACUCUGAGGUCAACCAUGUGGUGGGACCUCUGAACCCCAGCUCUACAGAUACCAGGAAGCCGGUGUUUAUUGGUGGAGCUCCAGAUCUUUUCCUGCCAGAGAGCAUCGCCACCAGGAAGGCCUGGGUGGGCUGCAUGAGGAACCUGACCAUCAAUAACAGCCGCGUGAGCUUCAGCAAAGCUGUUCUGGUCAGUGGAGCGGUCAGCGUUGGAACCUGUCCAGCAGCAUAACACUUCUGUCAACGCCAUCACUAUCCCCAAAUACAGCACUGACCAAACACAUUAAGGCUACAUUCACACCGCUACGUUUUGGUUUUUGAGCCAAAAGCGAUCUCCAAGUACACAAGUGUUUUUAUCUCCAGUAGAAGAACUAAUCUCUGUUUAAACCUCAUAUCUCAUCAACAUUCUGGUAUACUGGACAUAAACAGGAGGCAGCGUGGAGACUCCGCCCCGCUGCUGGUAGUUACCAUUGGUUGUGUCUGAAAUCGCAUACUCUGCACUACAUACUCAAUAUGUAUACUAUCGUUUAACAUACUUUUGUGUAAAUAAACAGUAGGAUGUAUCUUUUCGGACGCACUAAGAUGUGAUUUUCAACGUCACUUCCUGAGAGCCUCCUUGUCAUUUUUCGAGACGCAUCACCAUGGUAACCCAAUGCCAACCUCGCCAGAUAACGCUUAAAUUACUGAAAUAGAUAAAUAACUAGACCAUUAUUAUCUAUAUAUAUUAUCGUUUAAAUAUGUAUAGAUGUAAAUUAGAGCGUUAUUGACGUUACAGAGCUCCUUGGUUUCUGUCCGUUUGUCUGUUUCGAUUGUUGUCGUUACUACCGCAUUGCAUUGUGGGGUACUUUUUCUGACGUAGUGUCCAGUAUUGCAUGCUGUAAUAUUUUACAAGAAAUAGUAUGCAAUUUGCGUACUAUUGGUUUCAUACUAAGGUUUUAGA